UUCGCCUCUCCACGGCUGCUGACGUUGCUUGUGCUUGGUUCAUCACCAGAUAAAGAGAUAAAAUCCGGUUCGGUUUUAUAAACCCAACAAGACGAAAGCGGACGGCAGAAGGUGUCUGAAUCCGCAAUGAAGACUGCUCUGUGUCUAGCCUUGUGCCUCGCUUGCUGCCUGAUACGCACAGAAAGCCUUAGUUGUGUUCCCGGAGGUCAAGGAUGCACUCCAGAGAAGGAAGAUGAAUUGAAAUGCCGAAAUGGAACUGUCGUGGGUCCGUGCAAUGGCUGUGAGUGUGCCAAGGACCGAGGGGAAGAGUGCGGUGGUCCGUGGGGCUUUCUGGGCCAGUGCGCCUCGGGCCUGACCUGCAGGAGGGACGGGCCGCACUUCCAGUUUAGGGGAAAGUGCUACUGAAGAUGCUGAAGAUGAGGAGAGAAACAAAAAAACACGAAUUGGAAAUAAAGGAAUAAAGAUGGAAUGACUAACGAAAUGUGACGGUCAAGUCGAACCCUCGUGGAAACAGGUAAGAAAAAGAAAGAGAAAAUAAAGGAAUACAAAUUUCACAAAAGUAAUAAAGGAUGGUUGUGACUGUAAUACUGUAGUACGCAUUUGUGAACGUUUUGUUUGAAAUAAAUUAUAAAAUAUGA